GGAUUGGUUUGAGUAGCAGAAAAAGCAGCCAUUGCGUUCGCGCAACUGGUGUACAGUAUGUCAAUGCAGUAGGAAUGACAGCUUGAAAAAAAUGAAAAAAGGACGGAGUCAAAUGUGUUCCGAUCACGCACGCUAUUUCUAGCUGCUGUCUGCUGUGUAGUGUGAAAGGUUUCCCUAAACUUUUAUAUCAAAAAGCAAUUUGGGAUGUAUCGGUCUGGUCUACCAAGAGGAAUAGUUUCUACGCAUAUUUGGAGCUUCGACUUAUGAGACGUUCUGUGCAUCGGCGGACUCUGGAUAUUGACAUUAUACAGAGCUUUAUCUUGUCGUGUUUCUUCGAAAUAUAUCUGCAAGAAUAAGAGGGAAACGUAUAGGAUAGUCUUAUUCUAUAGACUUUCUUAGUGAGAGAUACAUCAUGUUGGGGAGUACGGCGCAGUACGCAGCUAAGAAACGGAAGAAGCCUGUUCAGAAAAUUCCUAAACCCCCUUCUACAGAUGGCAUCAAGUCGAACCCGUCAAAGCGACACAGGGAUCGGCUGAACGGAGAGCUGGACAAGUUGACCGGCCUUUUGCCGUUCUCAGAGGAUGUACGUGCGAGGCUGGACAAGCUGUCUGUGCUUCGGCUCAGUGUGGGAUACCUCAAGGUCAAGAGCUUCUUCAAUGCGACCAUGAAGAAAGGCAGUCCAGGGUGGGGGGUGGAGAGAGCGCUGGGGUUCGGAGGGAAUGGACAGAUCCCUCUAGCGAAGACCACAACCACUACAACCUCUGUGGAUGGGGUCAAGUUCUCCGAGGGAAACCUUCUGCUCCAGGCCCUGAAUGGCUUUGUGCUGGUGGUCACGGCGGAGGGAUACGUGUUCUACUCCUCUCCUACUGUUCAGGACUACCUAGGCUUCCACCAGUCAGACGUGGUCCACCAGAGUGUGUUUGAGUUGAUCCACACUGACGACAGGGCCUUGUUCAGACGUCAGCUCCACUUCGCCCUAAACCCCAACCAGUUUGAUACAGAGCCAGGGAAAACAGAGAGCCUGCAGCCUACCAACAGCAGUGACAUCACAAGCAACAUAGUGAGCUACGACCCGCAGCACAUUCCCCCUGAGAACUCUUCCUUCCUGGAGAGGAGCUUCGUCUGUCGCUUCCGCUGUCUCCUGGACAACUCCUCUGGCUUCCUGGCCCUGAACUUCCAUGGGCGUCUGAAGUACCUCCAUGGCCAGAACAAGAUGUCAGACGGUGGAACCAUGGACCACCCCCAGCUGGCCCUGUUCGUGGUGGCUACCCCCAUCCAAACCCCCUCUAUCCUGGAGAUCAGGACCAAGACACUCAUCUUCCAGACCAAACACAAGCUGGACUUCACCCCCAUGAACGUUGAUACAAGAGGGAAGGUGGUUCUGGGCUACACUGAGCUGGAGUUGUGUGUGAGAGGCUCUGGAUACCAGUUCAUUCACGCUGCUGACAUGAUGUACUGUGCCGACAACCAUGUCAGAAUGAUAAAGACAGGUGAGAGUGGUCUGACAGUGUUCAGGCUCCUGGCCAAGACUGGUGUGUGGGUCUGGGUACAGGCUAAUGCCAGGCUGGUCUACAAGGGAGGGAGGCCUGACUUCAUCAUGGCCAGACAGAGACCGUUAUCAAAUGAGGAGGGUGAGGAGCAGCUUCGCCAGCGGAGACUCCAGCUGCCCUUUAACUUUGCCACUGGGGAGGCUAUUCUCUACGAGGUGGGCCCCUCUCUGGACAUAGCUGACAUUCCAACCCAGAGCAAGGGCCCUAAGGUCAGGAAGAUGGCCGAAGAAAUGGCCCUGGACCCUGACUCCCUGCUGGGCUCCAUGCUGAAGCAGGACCAGGCCGUCUACAUGCAGACCAGCCCCAGCGAGCCCUCCAGCGAGCUCCCCAACCCUCUGGAGCUGUGCUCCUGGGAAGACCAGGCCUUCAGAGACAGCCACGCUCUGGCCAAUGUGCCUGGUGAUUCCUGGCAGUCCCAGACCCACACAAUGCCCAAGCCGGACGUGAGCGUCCAGGACAUGAUGGAAACACUGCAGCAGAUCAUCGGGGACAACAGCCUGUGUUCCAGCCUGGAUGUGGACCCCAUAGAGCUGAAGGACUGGGAGAACACUCUGCUGAAGAUGAGCUCCAGCAACUGUGAGAUGUCCGAGGACCUGGAUGACAUCUUCAACCACGACAUCCUGUCAUAUGUGGAGGAACAUCUCUUAAAGGAGAACGGAGGACUCAAGAUGCCCGAGCAGCUGGACUCACUGCUGGGGUCCAUCAGUGUCAACAAUCCAAUCCUGGAGGUACCAGAGUGCCUUACAAAUGUCAACCUGCAGGGGAAUACCAUGAUGCCUGGAGGAAAGGGCUUCAACUGGGGGGUUGAUCCCCAGCAGAACCAGUUGCUCGGGAUGGGAGGCCCGAGUGCGGCUGAAACAGGGAGUAAAAUUCAGGGCAUGUUGAAGCUGACACACAUGGGCCCUCAGAUGGGAUUGAACGGCCCCACACUCCAGCAGGCUUCCUCCAGCAACACCUAUGCCCAGUCCCUUGGAAAGAACCUGGGCCUGCAGAGCAACGCUAACCCUCUGGCCUUUAACCCUGCCCUGGCUGGCUCCUGUGCCCAGGUGCGGCAGAACCAAACCAAGGGUAGGCAGCAAGGCCUCCAGGCCUCUCAGAUCCUGUCCAGCCCUGGUAAAGGGCUGGCGUCUUAUUCCCUGAGACAACAGAUACAGCCAGGCCUUGCCAAUCAGAGCUCUGCCACUCAGCUCAUCCCCACUCCUAUAGGUCUGCCAAUCCAGAGCCAGCUGCAGGGGCGGGGCAUGAAUGAUCAGCUAAUGAGAUUCCAGGAACAGAGCUCCAUAAGCCAAUCAGAUCCCUUUGCAGUGCCCGGUCAGGAAACCAUGUGGAUGCCCUUACCCUGCUCCAUGCCCAAAUCCAACAUGGUGGAAACCUUUGCCCAGAAUAUUUCAAAUCAACAACAAGACGUCAUUCUAGAUCCCAACCCGGCUAGCUGCCUACAAGGACACUUUUCCCUGCAGACCCAGAACAGUCUGAAUCAGGGACAGUCUUACCAGCAACAGCAGCAGCAGCAAAUGCUGCCCACGAUGUUACCCCAACAAAAUGGACACCAAAACAAUGUAAUGGGCAGCUUUUAUAAUAACCAGGUGUCUGACUUCCAAAUAGCUCCCCAACUCCCCAUCCCUGGGCUCCAGGCCCAGCCACAACAGAACUCUCAGGCCCAGAACUAUAACAGGGCUCAAACAACAUCAGGCCAGUACAGGCCUCAAAAGACCUCUGCUGUCGUCGCCCCUCCUCUCGUCUCUUCCAACAGCUGCAUGUUCAGCAGCACCAACCCCCCCCUGGUUCCUGUCAACGGGGUCCGUUUCACCCCCAACACGGCCCUUGGUUCCCUGGUACCAUCCUCCUGUCAGAGGGCCACGGCCCCCCUCCACGACCAGAGUCCCUCCCAGGCCUCCUGCUACUUCCAGAGGAACACCAGCGGGCCCAUCGUGGGGUCCUCGACAAUCCCACAGGAUGACACCGACAUCAGCCCUCUGUCCUGUCAGGUGGGGCCUGGUCUAACCCCUGGGGGCCUCACACCAGACAGCCUGCUGGUCCAGCAGCAGUACCUCAACAGCAACGGGCAGACACAGGUCACAAACUGUCCAAUGGAGGAAAACAUAUCGUUCCAGUUCCCGUCCCUGCCCAAUGGAACCACAUACUUCUCAGAGAACAAUCAAACCAACUGUUGCGACUUCUAGAAGGUUCUACAAGGUAGGAGGAACCCGCCUUUUCCGCGGCUGAAUGUAAUUUGUUGAGACACUGAUGUGUAGCCCUCGUCGCUAAACAAACAGACACACGGACACAGACAGACUCACACAGCCAGGUGCCUUUGGGGAUUCUACCACCACCAUGCCUUACUUCACCAAGGAGACUAGGAGACUGGCCAAGAUGGCUUCCUUCGUUUCUCUUCUAUGCGUCUCAAAUCCUAUGUUUGGAUACAAGAUACAGAGCGUUUGGACCAGAGGGCCGUGUGGCUCCUUUUUCUUCUGCAACCAGACUGACUGUCACUGGAGCUCCUCCUUGACUUGCUUUCACCUUGGGUGUGCAUGCCCUGGUCCAAAGUAGUGCACUAUAUAGGGAAUAGAGUGCCAUUUGGGUCAUACACUCACGUCUGGUCGGUUUGGAGGAAAGACAGAAUAUAUUUAUUGGUUGUUUUGAAUUGUACCACGUUUUAAUUGUGGCUCAUUGUGCCUCUGAUAUAAAAGAAUUGCCAGAAUAGUUUUGGAAAGGAAAGACUAAAGAUGAUGACAUAAGCAGUAAUAGGGAAAAAGAGAUAAGACGUUGAAUGAGAUUACUGGGAUUACUUUUACGUUUUUUUUAAAUUCCCUAAAUGCAUAUGAAUAUAUAGGAUCAAGCCAAAUUCCAAAAGGAAAGGUGAGAAAGUCGAUGCCAGAGUAGCCUGAUUAAUUCAUUACAGUAUGACUAUAAGGGCAAGAAGAAGAGCAUUUGCAUUUGGAAAAUGCUAAAUAUGUUGGCAUAUGAUAGUAUGGACAGGAUGUAUGAAUGGUAUACAGUUUAAACUGCAUCAAAUGUUUAUUUUGAUAGUGAAAAAAGCUAUUCCCCAGCAAUCACAGUACUUCAAUGGCUUGAAUGAAUGUGGAGUAAAGAAUUAAAGUUUUUUUAAUAAAAACUAUUUCCCUUGUGAUGGCCUUUGAGACUUGCCACAUAUUCUUGCAUCACAAACCAUGCUCCAUUUUGAUAUAUCCUAUUAUUACAACAAUAUAUGUUAAUCAGAAUGUGAUGACAACAACAACAACAAAUGUAUUUACUCA